AAGAAGAUGUGUAGCAGGAAGAAGUAGUAGAAGAAGACGAAAAAGGUUCGUUUGUUGCUGAGGCCUGCACAUAUCACCUUUUGCAUUCUUUACUUUUUCUUAUCUAUCUCAACAAUAAAGUAAGAACACAGACGAAUAUCAGAAGAUGCCGUUGCCUGUGCAAGUGUUUAACUUUCAGGGCUCUGUUGAGCCCAUGCAGAUUGAUGCAGAUCCUCAAGAUGACCCACAGAAUGCUCCAGAUAUCAGCUACAUUGUAGAAAACCCAACACUGGACCUGGAACAAUAUGCUACUAGCUACAGCGGAUUAAUGCGAAUUGAGAGGCUUCAGUUCAUUGCUGAGCAUUGUCCUCAGCUUCGAGUGGAGGCACUGAAGAUGGCCCUCACAUUCGUCCAGAGAACUUUCAAUGUAGACACAUACGAAGAGAUCCACCGAAAGCUAACAGAAGCCACAAGGGAUGUUCAGGGCGUGCCUGACACUGUUCCUGAUGGAGGGGUUCUACCUCCACUGGACUCAGCCUGGGCAGAAUCCACAAGAAAAAAGGCUCUGCUCAAACUGGAGAAGCUGGAUACAGACCUGAAGAACUAUAAAGGCAACUCAAUCAAAGAGAGCAUCAGAAGAGGCCAUGAUGAUUUGGGAGACCACUACUUGGACUGUGGUGACCUCAGCAAUGCUCUGAAAUGCUACUCCCGUGCCAGAGACUACUGCACCAGUGCUAAGCAUGUUAUUAACAUGUGUCUGAAUGUCAUAAAGGUGAGUGUUUACCUCCAAAACUGGUCGCAUGUGCUGAGCUAUGUGAACAAGGCAGAAUCCACACCAGAAAUUGCAGAGCAAAGAGGGGAGCGAGACAGCCAGAAUCAGACAGUCCUAACCAAACUAAAGUGUUCAGCAGGACUUGCUGAAUUGGCCUCCAGAAAAUACAAACCAGCUGCUAAGUGCUUUCUGCAGGCUUCGUUUGACCACUGCGACUGUCCAGAGCUCUUGUCUCCCAGUAAUGUAGCUGUAUAUGGGGGAUUGUGCGCUUUGGCCAGUUUUGAUAGACAGGAGCUCCAACGUAAUGUGAUCUCAAGCAGCUCCUUCAAGCUAUUUCUUGAAUUAGAACCUCAGAUCCGUGAUAUCAUCUUCAAAUUCUACGAGUCCAAGUACGCAUCCUGUCUCAAACUACUGGAUGAAAUAAAGGAUAACCUGCUGUUGGACAUGUACUUGGCUCCUCACAUCAAAACCUUGUACAGUCAGAUAAGAAAUAGAGCCCUAAUCCAGUAUUUCAGUCCUUAUGUAUCGGCUGACAUGACAAAGAUGGCGCAGGCUUUCAAUACCACAGUGGCAGCUUUGGAAGAUGAACUUACUCAGUUGAUACUGGAGGGCCUUGUCAACGCACGUAUUGACUCCCAUAGCAAGAUUCUGUAUGCGAGAGACGUGGAUCAGAGGAGCACCACGUUUGAAAAAUCUCUCCACAUGGGAAAAGAGUUCCAGAGACGGGCAAAAGCGAUGAUCCUUCGUGCUGCUGUGCUUCGUAACCAGAUCCAUGUCAAGUCUCCACCCAGAGAAGGGAACCAGGGUGAGCUGACACCAGCCAACAGCCAGACCAGGAUGAGCACCAACAUGUGAAUAGUCUCUGGUUUGGAAGUGCUGGGCUGGUUGUACAUAACCAAACACAAGUAGAAUUAAUUCACAAGUUGUGUUCUCCUAAUAUGGAAGCUAAAAAAAUGAUGUGGCAUGGAAACUUAUUGUGAUCACUGUUGAAAUCAAACCUGAAGACAUCAGCUGUAUAUUAUUACUGAAUGAAAUUCCUCUGGAAACGCUUGAUGUACCACAUCAUCAGAAACAAUGUUUUAAAAUAAACCCUAUUCAAAGAAUUUGUGCCCCAUAUUGUCUGAAAUUUACAGCUUCUAAUCAUUUGUAUUUGAGCCGUUUGUGCUAUAAACUGAUGUUACACAUUGUUGGUUAUUAGGCAAUAGUCAGCCCCGCCCUAACCCUCACUACUCCUUUGGGCUGACUAGUGACCAGCUCUCCGUCUAACCCAGGGGUGUCAACAUCCAGUCCUCGAGGGCCGGUGUCCUGCAACUUUUAGAUGUGCCUCUGUUGCACCACCUGAAUAGAAUAAUUAGGUCAUUAGCAAGGUUCUGGAGAACAAGGAGGAGGUAAUUAAGCCAUUUCAUUCCAGUGUCUUGUACCUGUGGCACAUCUAAAAACUCCAGUCCUUGAGGACUGGAGUUUGAAACCCCUGAUAACCGGUCCGGAAAGUCCCUAAAACCUGAGUAUUACCCUGCAGAAGGACUGAGAGGAACAAUCUGUCUUAAGCUGGUGUCGAGAGAUUAGACUAGCUCAGGGGUGUCAAACUCCCCUCUGGCAACUUUGCUAAUUACCUAAUUAUUCUAUUCAGGUGGUGCAGCAGAAGCACAUCUAAGAGUUGCAGGACACCGGCCUUCGGGACUGGAGUUUGACACUUCUGGUCUAGCUCUAAUUACCUACAAUCCAGAUGUUAAGACCCUAUUCAGUUAAAAAGCAAUCAGUUGAGUAGCCCUCACAACUGCAUAACCCCAAUAACCGCUUCUGUUAAUGGUAGCCCUCUCUCUAAGAAUAACGAGCACUUGUUAAUGGCUAGAUUAGUUUCAGUGACUUUGAGUCCCAAGGUCAUUAUUUUAUGUCAACUAAAGGAAAGUCCAGAGCCACCACAUUUCUAGAACCAUGUACAUGGAUUUUACAUUUAGUAGAAGAACCAUAACCAAUAAAAUGACUAAAUUAAUUUCAAUAUCCACGAACCUCAUUAGAAUUUUAAUAUAUAUUUAUUUGAGCAAGUUUUAAGCAGGAGUAAAUGGCAACCAGAUUAAUCAUCAAUAAUUACAAGUAUCUAAGAACAGAAAAUAAAUUUGAAUAAAAUCAACAUAAACCUCUCCUAACUCCUUUCCCUAAACUGUGCCAUCAAUUUACUAAGUAAGGCUUUUUGGGGUGCAGGUAACUCAUACCCAGAUGAUAGAGGAUCUCGGCAACAGAAGGCAUGAAUGUCCUUGGACAGAGUCUUGUCUUGGAAUAGGAACAAAGCAAAGCUGGUUGUUUUCUUUCAAACGUCCCAAAUCUUCAUCACUCUUGUGAUCAUUGUCCGAGCCCCAAGUCCGUUGCAGCAAUUCUUGAGAUCUUUUGGGUUGAGCGUAGAGCCACAAUCAAAUCAGGAGCCAGAGCUGUUGGGCAUCAGGUCCCAUCUCCCUUUCAGCCAUGUGAAGGCUUGAGUUCCCUCUGGGUCCAGGGCGAAGCUCCUUGUUGGUCCUUUGGCCUGCUGCUUGCCUGCUCAGUCCGCUGGAGACGAAGAAUCACAGCUCUCUGCUUUCUCCAUUUAUUUAUACUCUUUUCCCCUUGCUGUUGUCUAUGGGGAACAGGCACAUGACUUCUCAAGCAUUUGAUUACUUCAUGUUAGGUCUUUUCCAUAUUUGGUCAACAGUUGUCCACUUCUGCUUUGCUUGUUAUCCCAGGCUUACCGGCUUUUUUCCUGGAUUUCCUUAUUUAGCAUCCAGGCCAGGCAUGUCCACGCCCAUCCUCAAGACAUGUCCAGGCUUGUCUCUGCACCCACAAACUAUGCUUUUAUUAUUUGAUUUCAGUCCUUUUCAUGUUAUAUGAACACAUAAAUCAUCAACACAAUCACUUCCAAUACAUUUCUUCAAUUAUAACUUCUUAAUAUAUAUAACUUCUUAUAGAAUCAAUAAUCCAGAAUUUACUCACUUUAUAAUCAUUAUAAUCAACAUAAUACACUUUUCCAAGAUCAAUAGUAAAUCAACAUACAAGAUUUCUUCAGUUUGUCAGGCUUGUUAUGAUCUGUUUUCUGUGUGAUCCUGGAAAGAUUUCACCCCCAUAUCAGUUUUCAUGACAUAAUUAAAUCUAUAUAUGGCUUUAAUUAGAUAUCUGUACAUACAUCUAUACCUAUCUAGAUCAAUAUAAAAGGGAACCAAGGUAAGCUGACAAGGAUGAGCACAUAAAGAGGAACGAUCUAGAGUCAAUCCACAGCUUCAGUUAUUACAACUAAAAACUAGCGAUCAGGCCCGAAACCUGGGAGUAGUGGUGGACUCGGACAUGAACCUUGCUUGCCAUAUAAAGACAGAAGGCCAACUUUGUGACUAUCACCUGAAGAACAUCUCCAGGAUUAGAGCACUAAUGUCUCAGCCAGAUCUAGAGAAACUCAUCCAUGCGUUUAUCUUUAGUCGCAUUGAUUAUUGCAACAGCGUCUUCACAGGCCUGUCCAACAAAUCAAUCCUCCAGCUGCAGCUGAUCCAGAAGCUGCUGCUCCUGUUCUCACUAAAACCAGGAAGAUAGAGACAUAACAGCAGUUUUAAAGUCCCUCCACUGGCUCCCUGUAGCUCAAAGAAUAGAUUUUAAAAUACUGUUAGUUUAUAAAUCACUGAACGGUUUAGCACCACAAUACAUUAAAGAUCUGCUGUUGUUGUAUCAACCUUCCAGACUCAGGUUCUGGUUCUGGUUCUGCUCUGUAUCCCCAGAACCGAGAGGAGAAGCAGCUUUCAGCAUCUAUGCACCAAAACUUUGGAACAAACUUCCAGAAAACUGUAAAACAGCAGAAACCCUGACUUCCUUUAAAUCUCAACUAAAAACACACCUGUUUAGAAUUGUAUUUGAAAUGUAAUAUGGAACAAUGUAUUGUUUAUUCUAUUAUGCAUGACUUUGUGUUUUUGUGUUUAUGGUGUAAAGCACUUUGAAAUGCCUUGCUGCUGAAAUGUGCUAUACAAAUAAAAUUUGAUUAAUUGA